AUGGAUUGGCUAUCAGCAAAUAAUGCCAUUUUAGAUUGUAAAAGGAAGAUGGUAACUCUUCCUUUGUGCACUACAAUAGUUGAGGCUAUUAAUGGCCGUUUGUGGUUGUCUGCUACUCAAGCAACUAAGUGUAUUCAGAAGGUUUGUCAGGCGUAUGCUGUUUUCUUUUCCGUUAGUACAGAUAAAGAAGUUGGUAUAGAGAAAAUCGAGGUAGUAAAGGAGUUUCCUGAGGUAUUUCUUGAGGAAGUGUCCGGUUUACCUCCUGAAAGGGAAGUUGAAUUCUCCAUUGAGCUAGUACCAGGGACAGCUCCAAUUUCUAAAGCACCGUACAGAAUGUCACCUUCUGAAUUGGCAGAGCUGAAAAAGCAAAUCAAAGAGUUACUUGAAAAAGGAUUUAUUAGACCAAGUGUCUCACCAUAG